AAGAUCACGUCUCCGUCUUUCUGUAGCCCUCAUUCCAGCACAGGAUUUCAGCAAUUUUGCCCUCUUCUUCCUACCCACUCCAGCACGCAGAGUCCUUUCUUCUCCCUCGUUUACAACUUCUUUUAAAAAGAGAACAUUUUCUAGAGAAAAGGGAUUUGCUAAAUAGAAAGGACAUAAAACAAAAGCUACAGCAACCCGACUUCCAGCAUGGCAUUGUCACCAGCCCCCUUUGCAUGGUGAUGCGAUUAAGGUAGCAGCAUUUUUAUUAUUCAGGAAAAGCAGCUGGGGGAUCCAUCAGUUCUAAGGCUUUGUCUUUCCUAGGUUAACUGAUGGUCCUAAGCCCCCGUUUGACCUGACCAUGAUGCCCAGUACUGGCACUUUUUGUUUUUUCUCAGCAAACUGUACAAACCCAAAUCUCUUUUUGAUUUUCAAGGAAACUAGAUUCCUGCCAGAUUUUGAGUCUGGACAAUAAAUAGAUACUUUGUCCUAGCUUCUUUCUGGAAUCAUUUCGGGAAUAUUUUCCACAAGCAUCACAGAUACAGGAAUGAACCGGCAGCUAGUGAACAUUCUGACAGCCUUGUUUGCAUUUUUCUUAGAGACAAACCACUUCAGGGCAGCUUUCUGCAAAGACCAUGACUCCAGGUCUGGAAAACAACCUUCGCAGACCCUAUCUCCUUCAGAUUUCUUGGACAAAUUAAUGGGAAGGACAUCAGGAUAUGAUGCAAGAAUCAGGCCAAAUUUUAAAGGUCCUCCAGUAAACGUUACUUGCAAUAUUUUUAUCAACAGUUUUGGAUCAGUCACAGAAACCACCAUGGACUACCGAGUGAAUAUUUUUCUGAGACAACAGUGGAAUGAUUCACGGCUGGCUUAUAGCGAGUACCCUGAUGAUUCUCUGGACUUGGACCCAUCGAUGCUGGACUCCAUUUGGAAACCAGAUUUGUUCUUUGCCAAUGAGAAGGGGGCCAACUUCCAUGAUGUCACCACCGACAACAAGUUGCUUCGCAUUUCAAAAAAUGGCAAAGUGCUCUACAGUAUCAGGCUCACCUUGACCUUAUCCUGUCCCAUGGACUUGAAGAAUUUUCCAAUGGAUGUCCAGACGUGUACAAUGCAGCUGGAGAGUUUUGGGUACACAAUGAAUGACCUGAUAUUUGAGUGGUUAAGUGAUGGUCCAGUUCAAGUUGCUGAAGGAUUGACACUGCCUCAGUUCAUUUUGAAAGAAGAGAAGGAGCUCGGCUACUGCACAAAGCACUACAACACUGGAAAGUUUACCUGCAUCGAGGUUAAGUUUCACCUGGAACGCCAGAUGGGAUAUUACUUGAUCCAGAUGUAUAUCCCCAGUCUGUUGAUAGUCAUUUUGUCCUGGGUCUCUUUUUGGAUAAACAUGGAUGCAGCCCCUGCCAGAGUUGCACUGGGCAUCACGACAGUCUUAACGAUGACCACCCAGAGUUCAGGCUCCAGGGCAUCUCUGCCAAAGGUAAGAAAUCUCCUCACUUGACAACAAGUGACCUGAGAGGUUUGUC